AUGGCAGAGCAGAACGGCCACGAUGUGGUAAAUCUAACCCUGUCGGGCGGCGAUCUUUCGCCUUCCGACGUUCCUGCGAGCACCACCGACAAGAAACCUGCUGGAGGGGACGAGGGGGAGAUAAACACUACCGCUACAACAUCAUCCGAAACGAAGACGAGAGUCGAAUCAGAAGACCAGAAAAUGUACAUGUCACAAACGACGGAAAGCAGCGACAAGGAGAGGUCCGGAGAACAGACUACAACAGACGCAUCAAAGCAAGGGCCGGGUUCGGUGGCAACGAAGGUGCUUGAAAUGAACGGGAUAACAUCAGCUUCGGAUGGUGGGGAAGACACGGCCUCUCUAGGCGGUUCGGAAUCCGAUGCUAGUCGAACGGAAAGCAGAGCUCACAGUCGUGCUGGAUCAACCAAGCGGCCAACAGCAUUCAAGCCGGUUUCUUUCGCCAAAUUUUCCGUCCCCAAAGCGCCGGGCACACCUCCGGUGGCUAAGGCUCCUGAAAAGACUCCGUUGUCCACGGGGACUCCUUUGGGCACACCGUUGCAGAACCCACGGCCUCGUUUGGUCGCAAAGACGACGAGUGGCUUGCGCGACUCGUUAUCAAAAGCGGGCACAAGCGGAACCAGGCUUGGUGGAGGUGGCCCCGAUCCCAACCAAGUCUGGAACAGGAACCGACCGGUCCAGCAGACGCCUCCGAAACAUCUUACCGACGAGGAACUGAAGCAACAAUAUGGAAUUCAUAUGACUUCGAGGAUCCAAGAAGAUGGCGGCGGCACAGAAGCGAAAUGGGCUGAUAUUGAUGACGAUGAAGAUGAUUGGGCCCCGGAUACUAUCGAAUGGACUGAUGGGACGAAAACCGAUCUAAAGGCUGAGCCCCCUCAACCAGAGCCUGUUUCGAGAGCUACACAAGCCACCACGGCAAAACCGAUGAUCGGGACGACGGAGUUUCCACCGGUAGAACAGAUACCUGCGGCCAAGGAAACCCCGAAAUACAUGCCCAAACCUGUCACCUCCAUAGGACCAAACCCUACAGUUCUCAGACUGGGUGCUAGUGCCGAACGGCAAGCGAGGACUGCAGGUAUUUCCGCAAAGGGGUUUAAUAAUGAGAAGCUGCCCACGUCCUCUACAAGCCCAGCCCCUCCCACAAAAUCGCCAUGGGCUCCUAUGCCACCCAUCGAAAGAGCGUCUCCGGUCAUGCCUCCGCUUCACGUCCAACCUCCAACACGAGCUCCUGUCCCCCCCAGGGAAAACGUAAACGACGGUCCAAAUGCUACUAUUGCUCCCAAAGAGAUCGCGGCGGAUGACUUCAACCGUACAUGGAGGGAGUCUCAGCCAGGAACGCGAGAGCUUUAUAACUCAAGGUCAGGGCGUUACGAGCCUGUUCCCGAGCCGAGAAAAGGCGGUACCCAUCGAAACGAGCAGAGCUUCCGCGCUCCCUCAGUGUUGCAGCGACCCGCAGCGCCAGGUGAGCAUGCAGGCCCUGCAGAACCUUCUGCCGCAUUCCAGACUCAUAGGACAAGCGUGCAAGAUGGCGCGCAUUGGACGCGCCGUCGAACUUCGUCCAAUGUUAGCGGUGGAAGUGGAAGCUUUGGUCGGCGGAUGUCGAUUGGUCGACCUGACGCCGUACAAAGGCCAUUUGAAGCUCGACGAGGUUCCCAGGUAAACGGAAUGAUCGAGCCACACCUCCAAGCACGAGAAAAUAUCCCUAAUGAGACUCAUAUACGGGACGUCUCACCAAUACGACAUGGACAUGGCCCCUGGCCUCCGCGAGACCAGACCAUUGCUCCAGAAAAGGUUUCUAAUAUUUUUGCUGGAGAAGGUCAACCUCCUGCUCCUACCCCUGCUAUUGAUGGACAACCCGAGAUACCUCAACCAUCGCAGGAAGAUGCGGUUGCCAUGCAAGAGCGGAUCAUGAAGGAGAAGCGUAUGGAGGCCCGCCAGCGGAGGUUGGAACAAGAAGAGAAAGAGGAAGCUGCGAAGCGUGAAAGAAUCCGACAGAAGCUCGAGGCCCUGGGGCCACCACCUGAGAAAUCCAAGGCGAGGAGCAAGGACUCCCCUGAAGUUAGCAAGGUUGAAACGACAGCCACUGGUCCUGCUCAAUCACCUCCGAAACCUCCUGUGCCAGAACCCACUGGGGCGCCAAAGCAAUAUGGCAUGAUGAAGGUCCAUCACCCAGAUACCGUGAAAAAGCUCAUCGAGAAAGAAAGAAGCCAUGACAAGACUACUCCCGCGGGUAAUGUCCGGCGGGUCUCUUCACCCAACCGAGAGUUGAAAACGGAUUCUGCUACAGCAAAUGGACCUCAAGCAUCACAUGAGCCUCCUGCACCACUCGAAGAUAUAACUGGUGACCAAAGAGUUGAAGAGGAAAACGCUCAAUGGAGGGGUGGCAUGAAUGUUCCCAACACAUACGCCCCUUGGACAGGUAAUACCAAGCUUGUUGGCCCCGCGGGCCCCUUGACGAAUCCCUGGAAACCUUUGAGCAACGAUAAAACAUUAGGGAAUGGUAUUUUUGAUCAGACUCUUGGAAAUUUCCCAACAAGGGACUUGACUCUACGAAAUCAUCUCGGUUUGGAGCAGUCACCACUCCCUCCUAGCUCGCAAACAUUCCCCACGACCACGCGAUCCGCCCAAGAAAGUGCAACGAUCUCCCCACUGCCAUCCCCCGAAACUAGACAUGCCUCCUAUGAUGCACUAAGCCCGAUUGGCCGGCCAGGCCCCAUUGGACCCCCAAGAGCGCAUUCAAGCUGGCAGCAUGAUGCACGUACUGCUGCAUGGAAUGAUUUCCAUGCUGUUGCCACGAAGCGCGAAGCCGAGGAAAACGAGAGGCUGCGCCAUGAAAUGAAUGCUGUCCGUGACAGCCAGCCUUCGCUUCAGGCCAGCUUCAAUGAAACUUGGCGACAAGUUCGCACGGGCGACCAAGCCGGCCAGAGGCAAGUUGUCGGUAUUUCCAGAACAACAGAUGGGAAUGCUUCGCUUCCAAAUCCGCUAUCCAGCUUUGAACACCCUGUUGGGCCACUUUCGUUUGCAGAAGCCCAUGCACGUCCUCUUGUUAACGUCCCUAUUCGGAGUUCGCGAUUCUUCCCGCAGGCGACUGAACAUAGGAAGCCGACGACAUAUGAAGAGGUUGAUUUUUUCCGAAGCCCUUCACCACCUCCUCCCGAAGAAGUAUCGACGCAUCCUGUAUAUUUUGGUGAUUCGAAUAGACCUUUAGUCCACCUUCCAGCACCGAAGCCGAUUGUCAAGCUCCCACCAAAGGUGGCUGCUCCACCACCCACACCACCGACCUUUGCCUCCAUGGUUGCUUCCAAUACGCGUCCUGGCCCUCUGUCAACCGCUACAAACUGGCAGGAGAGGAUCAAUACCCUCUUCGGUAAGAAGACGGCAGUACCGGAGAAAAGAAAUGCUCUAGCAAUCUCAUCGGCGUCGAAAGAGCCCCUUGACGUGCAGCUGCAUAUCGCAGAAGUUUCUGUUUCACUGCCCUACAAUGGGGAAUCUCAGUCUGGAGACGGUGAACUGACUGCGAGACAAGUCGAGGAAGGAGAGGCGAUGUUUGAGGACCGUGAAGUAGGCUCAUUACCCGUUGUACGAGUACCCACGAUGGCUCCUCCGGCCGCCUGGCGAGCUGCACCUGCACCAUCUCAAACCCGCUUGAGGUCGAAGGUUCUGAAGGCGAUGCAAGUCCAUAGCGUUGAACCCUUUCUAUUUGGGCCUCGCGAUAAGGAUGCGUCAGCAGUCAAUCAACUCCUAGUCCGACUUCCUGGUGCAGUUGAGGCAAAGACGGUGGCUGUCCCACGGAAAGCAGGAUCUCAUACCAAUCCUCGAUCGCGUGGACAACUUACAUAUAAGCCUCGUAAGAACACCAAACCACGCGAUGGCUCUGGUGGCUCGAAUUUCAAGAAGGCUGCCGCUCAGCAAACAAAUGGGAACAGCCAAACGCAACGACAAUCGCGAAAGUCGUCGUGGGGCAACCCUACUACCAAUUCAGCCUAA